CCACGCUCUAAUAACCUCCGUAACCUCCGUACAUAUCGGAUUGUCCAACGGCAUUCCCCACAUCCCCAGUUUCCCCGCAGCCAUGGCCAAAAUAAAAUCCAUCGAAUACUUCCGCGUCCUCCCCCGCUGGCUCUUUGUCAAGAUUGUCGAUGAGGAGGGCCACUACGGCUGGGGGGAAAGUACCCUCGAAGGCCACACGGAGGCCGUGGAAGGGACUCUAAACGCAAUGUGCAAGCGCUUCGUGGGCUACGAAGCCGACGACAUUGAACAUAUCUGGCAAACAGUCUGGCGCCUCAACUUCUACCGCGGCGGCCCCAUCUUCAUGUCCGCGCUCGCCGGCAUCGACAUCGCUCUCUGGGAUCUCAAAGGCCGUCGACUCAACGUCCCCAUCCACCAGCUCCUAGGCGGCAAAGUCCGCCACAAGCUCUCCGUAUAUGCCUGGAUCGGCGGCGACCGACCCUCAGACGUCGAAGUCGCUGGCAAGGCACGGCUCGCGCAGGGGUUCAAAGCCGUCAAGAUGAACGCAACGGAAGACAUCAACUGGCUCGACUCGCCCAGCGCGCUGGACUCGAGCGUCGAACGACUGAAAACCAUCAAAGCGCUAGGUCUAGACGCCGCGCUGGACUUCCACGGCCGACUGCACAAGCCCAUGGCCAAGCAGCUGGCCAAGGCGCUGGAACCGCACCGCCCACUCUUCCUGGAGGAACCCCUGCUGUCGGAACACCCCGAAGGCAUCAAGCAGCUCUCAGACCAGGUGUCUACCCCCAUUGCGCUGGGCGAGCGCCUCUUCAGCCGCUGGGACGUCAAGCGCUUUCUCGAGGACGGCAGCGUCGACGUGCUUCAACCGGAUAUCAGCCACUGCGGCGGGAUCUCCGAGCUGCGGCGCAUCGCGUCUAUGGCUGAGACGUACGACGUGGCUAUCGCGCCGCACUGUCCGCUCGGACCUAUCGCUCUGGCUGCUUGCAUGCAGGUCGAUCUCGUUACGCCUAAUUUCGUCAUCCAGGAAAUGAGCAUUGGCAUGCACUAUAAUACUGAGGCUGGUGAGUACGAUAUCAAUAGCUAUGUCAAGGAUGCGGGCGUCUUUGCUGUUCAAGAUGGAUUUGUGGCUGCCUUGACGGCGCCGGGGUUGGGUAUUGAAGUUGAUGAGGAGACUGUUCGGCGGGUUGCGCUGGAUACUAAGCCCUGGGAGCCGAAGGAGUUUUUUGGUCCUGAUGGGGGGAUUAGGGAGUGGUGAUUUCUUUCCUUAGUGUCUUAAGUUGUUCUUUACUGAGUGUAGGGUCAUUCUGUUUGUUUGUUGCUUCCUUUUUAGUUGCAUAGCGGAGUGUAU